UCAAAAUGGGCCGAUGACUACUUCCGGUAUACCGCCGCGUCGCUAGCCUAGCUCAAGCACGAGCUAAGCGCACCACUACUUAGGACGCGAGCGCGCGGAUUGGAACGCUUCCGCUUCCUGCGUCUCUCUACACCAACAUGGCGGCGGUGGAUCUGAGAGAUAACCUGCUGGGGAUUUCGUGGGUGGACAGCAGCUGGGUGCCGAUGCUGAACUCGGGGAACGUGCUGGACUAUUUCUCGGAGAGGAGUAACCCGUUUUACGACAGAACCUGCAACAACGAGGUGGUGAAGAUGCAGAGACUCACUCUGGAGCAUCUCAAGCAGAUGGUUGGAGUGGAGUAUAUUCUCCUGCAUGCUCAGGAGCCGAUUCUCUACAUCAUCAGGAAGCAACAGAGACAAUCACCUGCACAACUGGUUCCUCUGGCUGAUUAUUACAUCAUCGCCGGUGUGGUGUAUCAGGCUCCUGAUCUCGGGUCAGUCAUCAGCUCCAGAGUGCUGUCAGCAGUUCAUGGGAUCCAGUCAGCGUUUGAUGAGGCAAUGUCGUUCUGCCGUUAUCAUCCAUCAAAGGGCUACUGGUGGCAUUUUAAGGAUCAGGAAGAACGAGAGAAAGUAAAGCCAAAGCAGAAGAAGAAAGAGGAGCCGAGUUCACUGUUCCAGAGACAGAGAGUGGACGCCUUGCUGCUCGACCUGAGGAACAAAUUCCCUCCCAUGUUCUACCAGCCUAAACCAGGAGAGAAGCCAGUUCCAGUGGAGGUGAAAAAGGAGGUGGAGCUUCCAGCAGAAGCAGCGAAACAGGAAGAGCGAGAGGUGGCCAUUAAACCCCCAACAGCUUCAGGAACCACUAAACCUCCACCUGAGAAACGAGCACGUCUGCAGUGAUACACGCACACACUGCAGUGUUAACUAUAUAUUGCUGGUUUACCUGAGAUGUGUUCGUUGUGUGAAGGCUGUUGAUAACCAGCUCACAGCCACCAGUGUAGCACACCGAUCUUCUACACUUUUAUUUAAUUUGUAAAUCUUGUGUAAAUAGUCAUUUUUCCUUUUUCCUUUCUUUUUUUUAUACAUGUGAAUGUUAUAAUAGUGAGUCAGUGGAAGCUAAUACCUUUCAUUACACAUGUUGCUAAUAGGUGGUUAUGUACUUUUAUAAAUAAAUCAUUUUAACAGUUUUGUCUGUUAAAUUGAUCAAAAUGAUAAAUUAUAGUUGUAAUUUGUGGAAUAAAUAAUGUUAUAGUGUU